GUGAGUGAGUGAGUGAGUGAGUGGAUGAGCUCGAGCUCCAGUGAUCUUCAGGCCUGCGUGUCUCUCUCUCUUUCUUACUCUUGUCUGUCGGACCCGCGCCUUUCCACGCAUUCAUUUCACACGCGUGUUGAACAGCGGUGGGAUCUCUGCAUGUGCGGUGAUGCUCUAGAGACGUCCUCUGCACUCUCUCACUGGAUUACGCCUGUUUCCGCCAGUGACCUUUGAACUCUGGAGCGGGACGCAGAAAGACAUCUCGGUCUUGGUGACGUCCACUCAGGGCCAGAACCAUGUGAGGGAUUAUUGGACAGAUCUGUGAGUGGACUGGAGCACUGCCUGCUACCCCGCCCCAGUUUAUAGAAGCCCCGCCCCUGCCUUCAGCCCCUCCUGUUCCCAUAGAAACUCGUCAUGAUGUUCCGGGAUCAAGUGGGGAUUUUGACGGACUGGUUUAAGGGCUGGAACGAGUGCGAGCAGACAGUGGCCCUGCUGUCGUUGUUGAAGCGUGUUUCGCGCACGCAGGCCAGGUUUCUGCACAUCUGUCUGGAUCACUGGUUGGCCGACUGUACAGAGAUUCACAUACUGGAGGCCGAGGCAAACAACGCAGCGAUUGUGAGUCAGUGGCAGCAGGAGCCGAAGGAGAAAGUGGUGUCUCUCCUGCUGUCUCACCUCCCCCUGCUGCAGCCACGGAACACCGAGGCCAAGUGUGAGUACAUGAACCUCCUGCAGAAAGUCUUGAGUCACACCAUCGAGAGCAGUCUGUUCGUGGAGGAGAGCCGUCAGCUGCUGUCUUACGCCCUCAUUCACCCCGCCACCACCAUUGACGACCGAAACUCUCUGGCCAUGUGGCUCAAUCACCUGGAGGAGCAUCUUUCAUCGCGGCCGCCCCCGUCCGGACCGUACCAACAUGCCCGGCAGGGAUCCGACGAGUGGCCGGGUUCCGCAGAGUCCUUGGAGCCGUCGUACGGCUGGCAGGAGAACCUCCCGUCCACGUGCAGCUCGCCGGCCGGGCAGAACGGGCACGUGGCUUUUCCCGGUAUGGGCGGCGUUACCUCGCCCGUCAACAGUGCCGGCAACGUGGGCUCAAUGGGGCUGCAGGUACAGCCCAGCCCGCUGAAGCCUUGCAUGUCACUCACCCCUGCCAAUCAGCUCGCCUGCAGCUCUGAUUGGCUGAACCAGGAGGAAGGGGGUGGAUGCCAAGGGGGUGCGGGAGCAGAACACGCCCCUCUGUCACCCCAGAGCAGCGUUGCAUCAUCGGGGAGCGAACAGACGGAGGAUCAGAGCAACACACGCAACACUUUCCAAGAGGAUGGCAGCGGAAUGAAAGAUGUGCCGGCAUGGCUGAAGAGUCUCCGUCUGCAUAAAUACGCGACACUUUUCUCUCAGAUGACAUAUGAAGAAAUGAUGAUUUUGACAGAACGACACCUAGAGUCUCAGAAUGUGACAAAAGGUGCUCGGCAUAAGAUCGCUCUGAGCAUACAGAAGCUCAGAGAGCGACAGAGUAUUCUGAAAUCUCUUGAAAAGGAUAUUCUAGAAGGCGGAAACGUUCGCAAUGCUUUACAAGAACUACAGCAGAUCAUCAUCACGCCAAUCAAAGCUUACAUCACACCCACUGCUGCCCAGAAGGAGGUGGAGCCUGGAGUUACACCUGCCAAUAAAGCGGCCAAUCCCGGCGAGGAGAAGGAAACGGAAGUUUUCCAGACCCACAAUCCUCCUCCGUGUGAUGGAGAGUCCUCGUCUGCACCCAUUUAUGACGGAGAUAUUGCUGGACAGUUCACACGUGUGAUGGGGAAAGUGUGUACUCAGUUGUUGGUCUCCAGGCCGGAUGAGGAGAACAUCAGCUGUUACCUGCAGCUCAUUGAGAAGUGUCUGACACAUGAGGCAUUUACAGAGACGCAGAAGAAGAGGCUUUUGUCAUGGAAACAGCAGGUCCUGAAGCUGCUCCGCCUCUUUCCAAGGAAAGCUGUGAUGGACAGCGGAGUGUACCGGAGAGGGUGGCCAGCGUACGGCUCCAACUCUCUGCCCACAGCUGGUUCUGUGAGCGCGGGUUUGGGCCGGCGGGCACAGCGUCCGUUCCAGAUGCCCCCGCGUGGAGGAGCUCCUGCCCCCCGGAGCAUGGGACUGAUGACUGCCGGUGGUCUGACGGGAGCUUCACCUCGACACUCGCUCACCAGCCCUGCGGCCGUCACGGCACAGGGACGACAGAAUUUGUGGUUUGGGAAUCCAGGCGGCAGUAACAGCAUGCCGAGCCAGAGCAGAAGUUCUGUUCAGAGGACGCACUCGCUGCCCGUGCACACGUCUCCACACACCAUGCUUCUGUUUCAACAGCAAGAAUGCCAAUUGCCAGGAACGGAUUUGGAGAUCAACCCCACUCUGGAGUCUCUGUGCCUCAGCAUGACGGAGCACGCUUUAGGAGAUGGAAUGGACCGAACAUCAACGAUAUGAAAACAAACCCCGAGGCCGCCACCGAGUCGUCUGCCCCAGUAGCCCGACACACACGCUAACAGCGAGCCAGCGUUAGCAGUCACUACAAAACCACACCAAACUAACUGUGUAUAUGUGCUCUAAUAUUUUUCUACUUUAUUGUACUAAGUUUAUUAUAAAUGGAAUACAAAAGAACUAUUAUAUUGGCGGGAAAGACCGAAGCUCGCAGCUGAUUGGCCGGAGGCGUGUGAACCGUAAGGAGGUCGGUAGCCUGUGGUAUGAACCGAUGGCCGUUUACAUCCGCUUGCUGUGUUCACCUGUCGCUGCUGUGUGUCUGGGACGGACGUCUGCACCCUUACAUCUGUAUAUUUAUCCGUGAUAACGUGGAGGUACAAGAGGCGUCUUAGCACUUAUGCGUGACAUGUUUACCGCGCGUCACUCCGGCUGCGCAGCCAUUUUGUAAAUUCACAGGAAUGGAAAAAUCACAGGAGUCUUUAUGAAGAUGACUUUUAUACGCAAAUGUCUGUGUGGGGGAUUGUGGGAGCCGUGGUUUCAGAGAGAUGGAGCUGCGCUCGUCCCUUCAAACCUUUGCUCCUCUAUGACUGACAGGGACGACGACGGACGACUGACCGACUGACCGAACUCCAUAAAUUUCAUCAUCUCCCUGUCACGAGAGGCCACUUCAGAGUUUCCAUCAAUUGCAACGGUGCUUGUCAACAGCAAACCUAUGUUUGAGGGCUGUUGUGCGGUUCAUCGCGACUAAUCGAUUGCAAAAUAAAAGUUUUUGUUUACUGUUAAUAUGUGUGUGUACUGUAUAUAAUAAUUAUGUAUAUAUAAAUACACACACAUCCAUGUAUCUUUUUAAGAAAAUUUAUAUUUGUAUAUAUUAAAUAUUCAUGUUUAUAUACAAUAUAAAUUAUAUAUAAAUAUAAAAAUGUAUAUACAUGUGUAAAUAUUUCUUAAUUGUACAUAUUUGUAUAUUCAUAAUAAUUAUAUACAGUACACACACAUAUAUUUUAUGUGAACAAAAACUUUUAUUUUGCAAACAAUUAGUCUUGAUUGUUCGCGUGACAGCCCUGUGUCUAUUCAUGAGGGUUUGUGUUCUUGUGGAAUGGUACAGACCCAUCGGACCUCACAGCAGCAUCAGACGUGUGUGUGUGUGUGUGUGUGUGUGUGUGUGUGUGCGUGUGCGCGCGGUCGAGGUCUACCUGUUUUUUACGUCUCACGCAGAUAUCGAGAAGCGUCUCUAUAUCCAGUAAAACUUUAUUGACUGAAAAAAGUUUCUUUGUUUUUGUUCAAACUCAUUUUGUGUUGCUUCACAGUUUACUGCUUGAACUUUAUACGGCACGAGGAAGGUCUUUAGGACGAGAUCUGGGUUCAUGAGGAUUUUGGUGUUGUGACGUUAUUGUUCCCCCUCUUCUAAAAAAACUUGUCAUUUGUAGAAAAUGCAUCUUACUUCAAAUCUUUUUUGACAUUUGUUCUGGAACACAAGACAAAAAGACCAAGUAAGAGAGUCAUUUUGUGCAGCGCAGUUACAAAUGACAAGGUUUUUUAGAAGAGGGGGCGCAAUAACGUCACAAUUACCAAAAACCUUGUCGAUUGUAACAGUGCUGUACAAAAGGACACUCUUACUUGGUCUUUUUGUCUUGUUUUCCAGUACAAUUGUCUAAAAACAUUUUUGAAGCAAUAUGCGUUUUCCAUCAAACUGACCUAAGAAAGCAAGUCUUGUUUUUAGUUAAAACAUACAAAUGAACUAAAAAUAAUUAUUUUCUUAGUCAGUUUGAUCAUCAAUAAAACGCAUCUUGUUUCAAAUGUUUUUUAGACAUUUGUACUACAAAACAAGACAACAUGACUAAGCAAGGGAGUUAUUUUGUAUUCUGCGUAACAAGGCAAAUGGAUAAAAGAGCAGAUCCAUGCCGAGAGUUCUGUCUGGGUGUUUUCUCGAAGCUUUUGAUGUGAAAUCUAAGCAGGACGUUAGGCUCUCCACUGAUGUUGUGCUCAUCUGUUCGCUCAGGAUCAUCUCGCUAUGCAACUUCACGGACGUUUCUGUCAUCGUGACCGCAGAUGAAUUCGGUAUGACACUUAUUCCCAGCCGAUGAAGAGAAUAUUCAGAACAGUUUGAAAUUGAAAAGCGGUCACGUAUGCUAAAAGAUCAAAUGCCGAUGAGAGAAAUCAUGGCCAAAUUCUCCAGCGCACACAAGUCUUGUAUCGGACCUCACUGUGUUUGUGUGUUUUACUGGUGUGUGUGUGAGUGUGUGUGAGAACAGCCUGGUGCUGCAACCUUCAUCAUGUUGUUCAGUGUGAGAGAGUGAGACGGGGUCAGGAACCCUUGGAUGGUCAAAAUCUUCCUCUGUGUUCAUGGGGUGACCGGUCAAGAAGCUUUAAACGAGAGAGAUUUAAGGUGGCAGCAUUGUCUUCUACUUAUGUCUGCUGUUACACGUUCUGUCUGUCAGCCACGGAGACCUCUGACUGUGAAUCUUUGUGAAGGCUGACUGCAGGACCCUCUGCUCCAGAUCAGACACAGAUGAACAGCGCUUGGGAUGAGCUGCUAUUAUGAUUAUGAUUAUUACUGACAUCUGGAGUGAUGGGACUUGUGUGUGUUGCUCUGUUUGGUUGAAUUCUUCUAAUAUCUUUGUCAUGCUUCUUAUAUGGAAAUAAUAAACUGUUCCUGUUUUGC